CUGACACAUGUCUUGCUGUCGCCCCUCAAAGAAAAAACAUGUCUGCUCUCUGCUACCAACUGUCGGCAAAGAGAGCCUGGCCGGAGCGAGCGACGGCACAGACAUCGCGGUCGCGGACGGCGGCAGCGGCGAUGGGAAGCCCGCUGGGCAGCUGGCCGAGCCACAACCCGCAGAACUUCAGCCAGCUCGUCCCGGCCGAUCCCUCCGCCCAGCCCACGAAUGUCUCACCAACAACAUACAUUGCAGCACAUAGGACAGAUCCACCUCCCGAUCAAGUGAUCACGACGGAGCCCAGGAACAUCCUGUUGAGGCAUUUCUACCAGAACUCGGAGAACAAGCCGAGGCCGAAGAGGGCCGCCCCGGAGAGUGCUGCCCUGCGCAACGGCAAGCAGGCGCGGAGCCCCGCUGAGGGCGGAAGCCAGUCGAGCACGAGAAGCUGAGUCAUCUCUGAAUCUCUGCCGGUGAUGGCCGGUCAUACAACUCCGUCCUCAUUUGUUUGAGCUUGGGAAAGGUGUGUUUGCCGCCGCAGCCUUCUUUCUCCUUUGUGUAGGUAAUAAUAAUGUGGCCUGGCCGCACCAGCACACCAACUUGUACUCGCUCGUGGUUUGUAUAUUUGGAUUGGAUGAUUUCCCUGUUUUGGCGACUGAAUGAAUAAUUGAUGUGAUGUGAUGUGAUUA